UCACUCUGGCCAAGCGCAUGGCCACGUCGGGACUGCUCACACCAGACAGCGAUCCGACCGAGGGCUGUUUUAAUUACCCGCUGGUUGAGAAGUUCAUGAUGACGAAGCGCUGCUCGCGGGGGAUGUUGACUCGCUACCUGUUGUGUCGCGGCCUGACUCUCGUCACCCUGGUUUGUGCCUGCGUCUACCUGGGUUACUACCUCCGCCUGGCCUCUGUCACUGACGAGUUCGGAUGCAAGCUCCGUGUCGGCCUCCUCGCCUCUGACCCUGGGAUCCCCGACAAGGUGCAGUGUAAGCUCGUCGCCGUGGGAGUCUUCUCCUUGCUCAGUCUUGUUAACUUGGUCCUGUUCAUCGCACUGAUUCCUGUGGUGAUCUAUGCCGCUCUGCGUCCGCUCUUCUGCCACGGACACGCCCGAUUCCUGGAAACCUACCAGUCCCUCCCCACAGUGAGCGUCCUGCCCGACCCGGAAGGCCAGUGGGACGAUCUCUCCCUGUACCUGCUCUUCCUAGAGGAGAACAUCAGUGAGCUGAAGUCUUAUAAAUACAUCAAGGUGUUGGAACUGUUGAGGCGACGAGGUGAAUGCUCAGGAGAAAACUUUGACGCCAUGGGUCUGCUGCAGACUCUCUAUCUAGUGAAGAUGGACGGUGUGGAUGGAAAUAAAACCACCGCUCCGGGGAAACAGGAUGAAGUAAAAACAAAUGCAGCCGCCUCUGGGAACAGCCCCACAGCAACCGACACUGAAGAGCAUAAGAACAACUGCAACCGUCUGAUCCUGGAAACUGAGAUGAAAGAGCUCAGUCCCUUGCUGCCAGGAAACAGCGAUGUAACCGGCAGUAGAAACAGCGAGGGAGCUAAUCUCCGACAGCGAGCAAUGUGAUCAACUACUGACACAGCGACCACGACCUGGACAACACUACAUUUGAGAAACUGACACCAUGUGUAAAUUACAGUUUUGUGGUUUUCAACCAAA